GUGAGCGCCAGUCUGCAGUAGACGCCGCAAAGAUCGGAGAAAGGAGCGCACAAAGGACUUCAACACAGAUUUAUUAUUAUUUUCGGGUAAGCGUUCACCAUGGCUCCGUUCCUGCGGAUCGCCUUCAAUGAGUUCGAUUUAGGAAGCCUUUCUCCAAUGAAAGAGGAACCGUUCUGUGCCGUCAGGAUAAAAGAGUCUCUCAGUACAGAACGUGGAAAGACUCUGGUCCAGAGAAAGCCCACUAUGUACCCAGCGUGGAAGUCCAACUUUGACGCUCACAUCGUUGAGGGUCGUGUGAUCCAGGUGAUCCUGAUGAAGACCUCUGAGGAGCCCCUGUCCGAGGCCACCGUGGGCGUGUCGGUCAUCGCCGAGCGCUGUAAAAAAGCCAACGGCCGUGUAGAAUUCUGGGUCGAUCUGCAGCCCUCUGGAAGGCUCAUGAUGUCAGUGCAGUUCUUCGUGGAGGAUAGUGACGCGGAGAGCAAGGCGUCCAUCAGGAUGCAGGACGAGGAGGAGGAGGAGAACGGGGUUUUAACGCUGAACAGAAGGAGAGGAGCCAUCAAACAGGCCAAGGUUCACUGCAUUAAAGACCACGAGUUCCUCGCUACGUUCUUCAAACAGCCUACAUUUUGCUCUGUCUGCCGAGAAUUCGUCUGGGGUCUUAACAAACAGGGCUACAAAUGCAGACAGUGCAAUGCAGCCAUUCACAAAAAGUGCAUUGAUAAAAUUAUUGGAAGAUGCACAGGGACUGCAGCCAACAGCCGAGACACUGUAUUCCAGAAGGAGCGCUUCAAAAUCGACAUGCCACAUCGCUUCAAGACACACAACUACAUGAGCCCGACCUUUUGCGACCACUGCGGGAGUCUGCUAUGGGGAAUGGUCAAACAGGGUCUCAAAUGUGCAGAUUGUACAAUGAACGUCCACCAUAAAUGCCAGAAGAAAGUAGCAAACCUCUGCGGUAUUAACCAGAAGCUUCUAUCCGAGGCCCUGACUCAAGUUAGUGUGAAAUCCUCCACAAAGCGUCCUGAUCCCUCUCUGUCAGACAUCGGCAUCUAUCAGGAUGUACCCAGACCUACUCCAGCAGACCCCAGUGCAGACAGUGCUGGGAGUGGGGAUGGUGCUAAGACUCCCACAACUCCCACCAACACAAACAGAAGAAUUUCCAUUGACAAGUUUGUGUUUCACAAGGUGCUGGGCAAAGGCAGCUUCGGCAAGGUGAUGCUGGCUGAGCUGAAGGGACACAGUGAGUACUUUGCAGUGAAGGCACUAAAAAAGGACGUGGUGCUGAUGGACGAUGAUGUGGAGUGCACCAUGGUGGAGAAAAGAGUGUUAGCAUUAGCCUGGGACAACCCUUUUCUUACACACCUUUACUGCACCAUCCAAACCAAGGAGCACUUGUUCUUUGUGAUGGAAUAUCUGAAUGGAGGAGAUCUGAUGUUUCACAUUCAGGAUAAAGGUCGAUUUGAUCUGUACAGAACCACGUUUUAUGGAGCUGAAAUUAUUUGCGGCUUGCAGUUCCUUCAUUCUAAAGGUGUUAUUUAUAGAGACCUGAAGCUGGAUAACGUGAUGCUGGACCAAGAUGGCCACAUUAAGAUUGCAGAUUUCGGCAUGUGCAAGGAGAACAUGUUUGGAGAGAACCGAGCCACCACUUUCUGUGGAACGCCCGAUUACAUCGCUCCAGAGAUCUUACUGGGACAGAAGUACACAUUCUCAGUGGACUGGUGGUCAUUCGGAGUGCUGCUUUACGAAAUGCUGAUAGCUCAGUCACCAUUCCAGGGUGACGAUGAGGAUGAGCUGUUCGAGUCGAUCCGGAUGGACACGCCUCAUUACCCGCGCUGGAUCACAAAAGAGUCCAGGGACCUGAUGGAGAAGUUAUUCGAGCGGGAACCUACCCGGCGGCUGGGUGUGGUGGGGGAUAUCCGUGCCCACCCCUUCUUCAAGACAAUAAAGUGGUCUGCACUAGAGAAGCGAGAGCUCACCCCUCCCUUCAAACCCAAAGUGAAAUCCCCCAACGACUGCAGCAACUUUGAUCGGGAGUUCCUGGGCGAGAAGCCCCGUCUCUCAGUUGGUGACAAGAACCUCGUCGACUCCAUGGACCAGUCAGCAUUCGCCGGCUUCUCCUUCAUCAACCCCAACAUGGAAACCAUUCUGGACAAAUGAAAUGUUUCUACAAGCUGCGAUUGAGCCUCGACUCUCACGCUCCACCUGAACAUGUGAUCAGUGUUUGUUAACCACCUUAUCCCACCCUCUGCAGGGUCUGAACUGCAAUUACUUAAGUCAUUACCAACACUGCUUAGUGUUUUCUGUGACCCAAUACAUCUGAUACUCUGAAGUACAGAAGCCAGGAUGUGCUCACUCGUGCUCAAUGAGUGUUGGCUACAGACACUGAGCCCUGUAGGAACCAAGUCGAAACUUACUAUGUAUAUUUAUAUUUUUCUUUCUCCUGAUCAAAAUGGAUUCAGAUCAACUGUAUAUCAUGUACUGUAUUUAGUGUUAUGUACAAUCUGAAGGAAUGCACCAGAGUUUUUUACAUAAUAUCCAUUCCCUUCAUCUGCAGCAUAUGUAGAGUUACCACGGACAAUCAUUGUGACACGUUUCCAAUACUGAGAAAACAGAACAGGACAAACCUGAAACUUACUUGUUAUACUCUAGUAAAAGAAAUAUUAAUAUUUCCCCCAAAAUGCCUACUUACUCAUAAAUGGAUUCAUCACACACCCGGACUAAAUGUCUUUAUGUAUACCACAGCUGCUUAGUCAAAGCUUUAUCAAAACUUGCUACGAUCUUAACGACAAUUACCUCUGAAGGUGGUCGGGGGGCUCGGAUGUUUUUGGUACUGACUUCCCAGGUUACCCUCUCUUUACACCCAAGAAUCCCAUUAAUGUCUGUUCAACGUUGCAUUCCAAAGCUUAUUCAAAUGAAAGCCAUUUCAGAAUCCAAAUGUUAAAACAGUUUUUUUUCCUAUUCAGUGCUUGGGUGGCGCAGGGGUAAAUUAUGUCAGCCCACUACCACUAGGAUUCAGGGUUUGAAUCCCCAGAGGUGCUAUCAGUCAGACAGGAUUCUACAUACAGACAUGAUUGGCAUGGUCUGGUUCAGAUAUCACUGUUUUCUUAAUAUCUAUAUGCUGUAGGCGAUGAGACAUCCACCAAGCAUGAUGCUUUCUUCACCAUACUUUAAAGGAUAGGGUUUUUGUACU